AUGGCGGCGAAGCCGGAGCGGGCUCCGCGCCUGCGCGCGGCGCUGAGGGCAAGCGAGCGGCGGGAAACCGUCAUGGAGAAGACAGCGGCGGGACCCGGCGGUUCCCCCGGCCCGGCCGCGGCCCCGUCCCCGCGGGGCUCGGCCGGGCCACAGGAGGACGAGCGAUGCCCCAGCGGACCCAGCCCUGAGAACGGAGGAGCCGCGCCAGAGCCGGACUCGGCAGCGAAGGCAGCGGACGCUGAGGCGCUUUUGAAGGCUCCCAGCCAAAAGGGAACCCCGAGGUCGUGCAGCAGGAAGAAAAGAGCCCCGAGCAGCCCCAGGAUUCUGACGAAUUCCUUCCGAUUGUCGCCGAUUUUCGGCACCCCUCACGGCAGGCGCCGCUCCUGGCGCCGCUCCUGGCGCCGCUCCAGCCUCAAGGGGCGGCGAUCCCGCCGCAAAUCGCUGCCCCCCGUCCACCGGGACGUCACCGGGUUGAGCCAAUCCAUCAGCCUGGAGCUUCCCGAAGUCCAACGUCUCUCCCUCCUCCUCCUCUCCAGCUUCCAGUUUUCUGCCCAGAAGUUGCAGCAGGUCCUGAAGGAAUCCGAAGGAUUCGACCCCAAGGCUUUUGCUGCCAAAGUCCAGAAGGGCUCUGAGGAAUUCCAGAGGCUCCUCCAGAGGCUGCUCCAGGAUGGGACCCUCGGGAAUUGCCUGGAGUCGACCCCGGGGGAUUCCCUGGAUCCAGCCCUGGAGGAAUCUGUGGCUCAGGUGAAGCAGCUCAUGGCCAGGCUCUCCGGGGAGCUCCAGGCCUGGGAUCGGCUCCUGCAGCAGCACCUGGAGCACUCCCAGGAGGCCUCCAGGAAUUUGGAGCAGCUCCGCGCCGGGACCCCUCCCUGGACCCUCCCCCCAAUUCCCAAAUCCCAAAUUUUGGCCUCCAGACCCGACUACGGAGCCAUCGUGGCCCAGCAGGGCCCGGCCCUGCAAUCCCUGCGCCUCCUGGUGGAUGAGGCACAACAGGCCGGGAAAAUGGUGCUGGAAUUCCACGGGGAGAGCAGGAGCUUCCUCAGCGGCCUCUCGGAGCAGCUGGCUUCCAGAGUGUUCCGGAGGCUGCAGGGAUCCCCCGUGCGGAAGCUGCUGCAGAGGAGGCCCCAGAAAGUUCUGCCCGAGGAGGGGGAAGGAGAAUAAAAAAGGAAAAAUCCCCAAAA